AACAAUCAAAGUUACAGUUACACUGUCAAACUUACGACCCCAAACCGAACAGAAAAACAAAAACAACAGAUCUAUUCAUCAGUAAAGGGAAAAAUAAAAUAUGCCUCCGGUUCCCAGGAGCAAAAUAAACCCAGUUGUCAUACUGUGGGCUUUACUUCUCUUUGGAACCAUUGUUCUUGUUCUGAAUAAGAUUAAUGAUAGUGGAAUUGGUUCAUACCAAAAAACUAGUGUAAAUAAUCAGGAUAGUGAUAAGGCAAAGGGAACAAAAGGCGGUCUUGAUGAAGUUACACACAAGGUUUAUUUCGAUGUAGAGAUCGGUGGAAAGCUUGUGGGACGCAUAGUCAUGGGCCUAUUUGGGAAGACAGUGCCAAAGACUGCAGAAAACUUUCGGGCUCUUUGCACAGGGGAGAAAGGAACUGGGAAGAGUGGAAAACCUCUUCACUACAAAGGGAGCACAUUCCAUAGAAUCAUACCGAGCUUUAUGAUUCAGGGAGGCGAUUUCACUCUUGGUGAUGGGCGUGGUGGAGAGUCAAUAUAUGGUGAAAAGUUUGCUGAUGAGAACUUCAAACUGAAACACACUGAUCCUGGAGUACUAUCUAUGGCGAAUGCUGGACCUGACACAAAUGGUUCACAGUUUUUCAUCACCACAGUAAUAACUAACUGGUUGGAUGGGCGACAUGUUGUGUUUGGUAAAGUGGUAUCAGGAAUGGACAUAGUUUACAAGAUUGAAGCGGAAGGGAGACAAAAUGGUACACCUAGAUCGACCGUCAUUGUUGUUGACAGCGGGGAAAUACCCUUGUGAUUCCUGACCCGAUCUCACCAGUUUAAUCCACUUCAAAAACCUUCAUAUGCAUUUAUUUCAUAGUGAAACUAGGAAGACAGUCCAGACCUUAUUUGUAAAAACUGUAUCAGUUAGGGUCAUAUUAUUACUUUCAUAUCUUUCAAGUAAAUCCAGAACCAUAUUUGUAAAAACUGUAUCAGUUAGGGUCACAUUAAAUGUACCGAUUAUACAAAUAUAGCUCCUCAGAAGAAAUUGAUCACCA